CCUAGGUAUAUAAACAAAGCAAAACCCUAAGCCCGCGCCUCAGUAAUCAGUUGGGAAGUGAGAGAUCGUUCACAGAGACUUCAACAAGCUUCUCUUUUCCUCCAAGAUGGUGUCUUUUAGGUUUCACCAAUAUCAGGUUGUGGGAAGGGCUCUUCCAUCUGAAUCAGAUGAACACCCUAAGAUUUACAGAAUGAAGCUCUGGGCUACAAAUGAGGUCCGAGCUAAGUCCAAGUUCUGGUACUUUUUGAGGAAGUUGAAGAAGGUUAAGAAGAGCAAUGGACAAGUUCUUGCUAUUAAUGAGAUCUUUGAGAAGAAUCCUACCAAAGUCAAGAACUAUGGCAUCUGGCUGCGCUACCAAAGCCGAACUGGGUAUCAUAACAUGUACAAGGAAUAUCGUGACACCACUCUCAAUGGUGCUGUGGAACAAAUGUACACCGAGAUGGCUUCUAGGCACAGGGUAAGAUCUCCAUGCAUUCAAAUCAUCAAGACUGCUACCGUUCCUGCUAAGCUGUGCAAGAGGGAAAGCACCAAACAGUUCCAUGAUUCCAAGAUCAAAUUCCCUCUGGUGUUCAAGAAGGUUAGACCCCCAACCAGGAAGCUUAGGACCACAUACAAGGCCUCAAAACCAAAUCUAUUCAUGUAACCUCUUCCUUCUCUAUCCCCUCAGCAAAGAAAAUGGAUUAGAGUUUUGGUUUAAAACUUGAAAUUUUUGGUAGAUUUUAAUCUGUCACUUCCUUUUGUUACCAAUGAAUGUUCUAAUUUUAAAUUGAGGACUUCAAAUUUUGUUU